CGCCACACUCGACUAGGCAUUCCCACACCAUUCCACUUUUACAAUCUCGUCCAUCCAGCUUUUACCCAUCAGUCACAAUGCCUCGCCUUCCCCCUGCCGAGAAGCUCCCCCUCGCCCUGAGGAAGAACGUCCGUGACGAUUGGGAGAACAAGAAGGAGGGGUUCGAGAAGGAGCUCACUGAGCUUCUGGGAGGAGUCGAGUGGUCCCUCAAGGAGAUCAACCCCCUCGCCAUCUGGCCGUACCACAACGAUGGCUACGCCAAGGAGAGCCUGGGUAGCUGCAUUGCUGCCUACGUCGCCGGCGCCAUCUACCAGCUGAAGUACUUCAUCCAGCAGCACGGCGAGGAGGAAGCCGUCAAGGAGAUCAACGAGAUCGCCUACGAGCAUUCGAUGAUCCUGGACUUUGACGAGGAGAAGAAGCUUGGCUCGUACGGCGGCGUCGAGAUCGCCGACGGCCGCAUCCGCCUCGGGUUCGCGCCCCAGUGCCUCGGCACCAACGUCGACUACUGCAUCGAUGGGACCAAGUUCGCCCAGGCCCUCAACGACGCGGCCCCGGCUCCCGGCACGUCGGCGCCCAUGAGCUACCUCGCCCGGAACGACAUCCGGAUGGAAUACGACGCCAAGAUCGAGGAGACGCGCAAGAAGCUUGCCGAAAUGCUCGAGAGGCCCGAGAUCAAGCUGGUGCCCAACUUCGAGGAGGCUUUCGCCAAGAUGACCGAGGCCAAGGCCAAGGACAAGAAGAAGGUGAUGAGGGACGACUGGCAGCAGAACCUCGGCAACUUUGUGCGCCGCUACUACGAGGGGCUGGAAUACCAGGCCAAGUACCAGAAGUUUGGCGAGGACGAGAUGCUGCGCGAGGGUCUCAACGAGGUCCUGGAGUCGGGCGAGUUCCGCUUCCGGAUCGUGGACCAGCUCAAGUAUGGCUCGUACGGAGAGGUGGUGGUCGAGGAUGGCGCUAUUUACCUCCAGUGCAAGCCCGAUACGUUUGGCACGAACGUGGAUUACGUCGCUGAGAAGCUGGUGGACCAGUUGUAAAUAGACGAGCCGAUGUGCGGGUAUUGGUGGAGUGGGAGCUGAACGUUGAUGACAUCAUUCAAUGUACUUCAGCCGCAACGGGUCGGGUGCCACAGCGACUGCGCCACACUUUCCCAUUUAGGCAGCAAAAGCAAUGGUCAAAGAAAAUGAAAAUCAAUGGCAAUAAAAUUCUAGAAGCACCGCCA